CGGGCGGGCUACCCGGAGCCCGGCUGGUCGCGGAGGCGGGGACGCGGCCGGAGCCGGGACAAUGGCGCGAGAAGGAAGAGACCAGAGUGGACAGCGGCCGCCAGAACUCGGCAGCCCCGGGCGCGCAGCAGGGAGGGGUGUGCGCCCGGAGAGGUUCCCGCAGCCCUGCCCGCGCAGCGCAGAGCCCGCGGGCAACUCAUGUUUGCAGCCAGCGGCUCCGGACAGGCCGCAGGGCGAGAGCGGGGGCCGGCGGUCAGCGCCACCACGGAGGACCUCGCCGCGCGCUCCCCCCGCCCCAUCGUUUCCUCUUUCCCCAUCCCACUCGCGCCUGCUCCCGCCCCACAGCGGGCUGCCCUGUUUUCUAAUGGGUGGAGGGAAGCAGAGGAAGAACAGGGAUGAAGGGAGGCCCAGUCCCAAGGCUCAAGGCCACUUGCACCAGCAGCAUGUGUCAGCAAGAUAGCAGAAGCAGGAAGACAGCCGGCCAGAAGACGCCUACCCUGGUUGGAAGACAAAUACCCCAUGAAGAUCAAGAGGGAGGCCGUCCGGGUACCGCCUAGCAGUUACAUCAGACUGAGACACUUCCUGUUUACAGGAGACUAUAAAAGCCCUGCCCCGUCCUCUUUUGGUCCAGACGCCAUUUUAGGCCUCAGCCUGUGGGCACCCAGGCGUUAAUUAAAACAGCAUAUUGCUCUGCACCACCUCAUGCUGUCUGCUGGCACGCUCUCGGGGUUGGAACUGAUACAAGAAUCUUUCACUCUCCACUGAGGCUCUCUGCUGGAUGCUGAGAAAAUCAAGAUGAAUUGCAUGGCCCUGGCCCUUUUUUUUUUCUUUUUUUUUUUUUCGAGACAGUCUCACUCUGUCGCCAGGCUGGAGUGCAGUGGCACGAUCUUCACUCACUGCAACCUCCAAAAAGUCAUGAUGAAACUGGGAAGUUCAAGCAAUUCUCCUGCCUCAGCCUCCUGAGUAGCUGGGACUACAGGCACACACCACCACACCCAGCUAAUUUUUGUAUUUGUAGUAGAGAUGGGGUUUCAUCAUGUUGGCCAGGAUGGUCUUGAUCUCCUGACCUCAAGUGAUUUACCCGCCUCGGUCUCCCAAAGUGCUGGGAUUACAGGCAUGAGCCACCGCACCCGGCCAGGCGCUGGCCCUCUUAAAGCUCACAUCUUAAACUGUGGAGACAGACACAUAAAUGCUGAUGAGGCCCUGUAAUGCAUGCUACAAUAGCGGUAUGUACACAGUAAUGGGGGGACUUGCUUGGGUAGGAAUGCAUCCAGGUGGUGGUGAGGACAAUUCAAGACAGGAUAUAACUGUAAAUAUUAAUGUAAAUGUUACUAAACACAUGUGUAUACAGCAAAAAGUCAUGAUGAAACUGGGAAGUUCUGUAUACUUCCUUGCCUCCUGGCCAGAGACCUCCAUCUCCCUGCUGCAGCCUGGUCUAGUUACUUUACCGACCUGUAGUAGCUGUUUUCCUGGGACUGCCCUUUCCGGGUCUCCAGAGUUGCAGCCAUGUUUCCUGGAUUCCAUGUCUAUUUCUUUCUUGCUUAUUUCUUUAUUUUGCUAAAGCAUAUCCUUGUAGUGUGUCUCCAAGAAAAGGUGCCUAGGAUGUAUCAUUUGAGUAAUUAUAUAUCUAAAAAUGUUUUUGUUCCACUCUCAUGCUUGAUUGAUAGUAUAGCAAGAUAUAGAAUUCUAAAUUGAAAGUCAUCAUCCUUCAAAAUGUUAAAGGCAUCCACUGUCUUCUGGCAUCAGUUUGCAUUGAAGAGUCCAAUAUACUGUUCUGACACCCAA